AUAAAGAAAGAUGAUAAAAAAAGGCAUCCAAAUUUUAAAUUUUAAAUUCUAAUAGAAGUUACAUCGUCGAUCUCCGUUGUCAUCUUGUCGAUAUAAUAAUUGUUGUCUUAGUUGUCCUCCAUAAUUUUCUCCCGAAAUCUGUACGACACGUCGUAUAUGCAGCAGUCAUCGUUUUAAUUAUUAACAAUAUUUUUAAUAAACACCACCAGCUACAUAGUCCAUAUAAGCACAGCGACGACCUGAAAUGACUGUCCAAAUAUCAUCAGUUCACAGUCUUUCACCGAUACGUGAGCGAUGAACGUCGCGUACAACCCUCCAGGCGGCACAAAAAACGACUGCGAUGGAUGAUAAUGAUCAAGUGAUUUUUUACCCAAACCAAGGAGUAGACCCGCACAACCGAUGCUGUGGUGGUUCCAUGUGGUGUAUUCAGGACAUAUGUGGUAUUAUUUGUGCGAUAUUUACGUGGCUGUUGAUACUGUAUGCUGAGUUUGUAGUGACUUUCGUCACACUAUUACCAUGUCCGUAUCCCAUUUUUCAGUGUGUCAACAUGGUGAUAUUUCAAAUCUUUGCCUUCCUUGCGAUGGCUUCUCAUCUGCGCACAAUGUUCACAGAUCCGGGUGCAGUGCCAAAAGGAAACGCUACAAAAGAAAUGAUACAUCAUUUAGGUUUACGUGAGGGUCAAGUGAUAUAUAAGUGUCAAAAAUGCUGUUGUAUUAAACCUUCAAGAGCCCAUCACUGUUCUGUUUGCCAAAGAUGUAUUAGAAAAAUGGACCAUCAUUGUCCAUGGGUCAACAAUUGUGUUGGAGAGAAAAACCAAAAGUUUUUUGUAUUAUUUACGCUUUAUAUUGCUGCUAUGUCAAUGCACGCAUUAUACUUAUGUGUCAGCCAAUUUGUUUGGUGUCUACAUUCCGAAUGGAAGCAGUGUUCUUGGUAUACACCUCCUGCAACAGUAGUUUUUUUGAUAUUUUUAGGUUUUGAAGCAUUGCUUUUUGCAAUAUUCACCAUGGUAAUGUUUGCCACUCAGCUACAAGCUAUAUGCUCCGAUGAAACGGGUAUUGAACAAUUAAAAAAAGAAGAAGCUCGGUGGAUGAAAAAAUCUAAAUGGAAGAGUUUACAAGCUGUAUUUGGCAGGGUUUCUAUAACUUGGCUGUCACCUUUUUCACGGCCAGCUCCUAAGAUCAAAGUAGAUAAUUAUCUACAGGUCUAGUGAUAUGAACAGUAUUUACAUAUUUUUAAAGUAAACCACUCGUACCUAAUAAUAAUAAUUCUACACUAAAAUAAUCUUGUUAUUUUAAAAUAAAUUUAUAAUACUUUAAAUUUAAAAAUGAUGACUGUAUCAAAUAUAAGACAAUGAUUCUUUUAUUAAGAGAGGAUCUAAUUAAUAAUUUUAAUUUUUUUAUGAACUUAAAUUGCUAUUUUAUUAUUGUUAAAUCCUUGCUAUAAUACAGUCAGUAAUUGGUUAAUUUGUUACUUUAUAGUUUAUGUACUUUUAUUUGAAUUACUAUAUUUUGCUGCUUUUUCUUACUAUUUGUUUACCAUUAUUAAUAUUGACGAACAAUACAUUAAUACUAGUUUUAAAUACA